AUGGCUGCCAGAUCGGGCGUAUUCAACGAGUGCGCUGUCGCGUUCGUUCCUAGCAAUGAGCUCACUCCAAAGUUAAUUGGCGACUUAUCCCGCAUUAUAGAAGACAACGGCGGUACGAUUUGCGAACCCCGCCGCAACGGCUCAAUUCCCAUCGAAAAAGCCACGCAUAUCGUUUCAAACACCAUCAACUUUGAACAAUAUGUCGAGUCUCAGGCCAUUAUGAUUCCCGUCGUAUCAGAGCACUGGAUCUCGACUUCAAUCAUGAGGAGGAAAGCUGCACAAGUCAGGCCGUUCUCUCCGGAUCCACGAAUGAUCUUUGCCGAAAUUGUUGUCACCUGUGCGGAUUUGCCGCUUAUGGACAAGGAGAGUAUCAUCGGAGCGACGAUGGCACUGGGAGGACAGGAAUCUAAAGAUGUAACCAGAUUGACUACACACAUUUGUGCGUUGAGCAUGGAUGCGCCAAAAGUCAUGGGGGCGCUUGAAAAAGGAUUCAAGGGCAAAAUUGUUCUGCCUCAUUGGUUCGACGCCUGCUUCAAGCUUGGCAAGAGGAUAGAUGAAGAACCGUAUCUCCUGCCGGAUCCAGAAGUAAUGAAGAAAUCAAGCGAUGAUGCCAUUAGCAUCCCUGCAAACAAGAAUUUGGUUGGUGCGACUUCAGUAAGCCCUGAGUUUCUGCCCAUCGCCGCCGAUAGCCAAGGCGCACGACCUCCUGUAACGGUUUUCCAGGAUAGAGCGGUUAUGCUAGCGGCAGACCUUCACAUUACUGCGAGGCUAGCAAAGGCCAUUGGGGAUAUUGUUCUCGAUGGAGGGGGGAAACUGGUUCGCAAUGUUGACGACUGCGACAUGUACAUUUGCCAGUAUCGCGACGGCGAUGAGUACAUCCAUGCAGCUCAGUCUUGCAAGGAAGUGGGUAGCCUCUCAUGGUUGUAUUCACUCAUUGUGAAUAACCAGUGGCAAAAUCCCCUUCACCGACUUUUACACUAUCCUGUACCUCUAAAUGGUAUUCCAGGCUUCAAAGAUCUUCGCAUCACUAUAUCCAACUACGGCGGGGAAGCAAGGAUCUACCUGGAGAAUCUUAUCAAAGCUUGCGGCGCAGAGUUCACCAAGACAAUGAAGGCAGACAACACGCAUCUGAUAACCGCUCGCGAUUCUAGCGAAAAAUGCAAGGCGGCUCCGGAAUGGGGUGUUGCAGUUAUCAACCACCUCUGGAUUGAAGAGAGCUACGCUAAGUGCGAGCUUAGGGCCAUUAACAUCUCCAAAUAUAACCACUUUCCCCCAAGAACCAACCUGGGGGAGAUCAUAGGGCAAACCUUUUUAGACGAGUCGAGAAUUAGGGACUUAUUCUAUCCCGGUGGCGAAGAGAAAGUGUCUCCCAGCGCGAGGAGAAAGAGAAAGAUCCUGGAAGCUGCAGCAGAUAACGCCUACCAUCGAGGUCCUGCAGAGGGGGUCGUCAUUGGGCGUGACAAAGACUUUGACGUCAUGAGGGACGAUGAAGAAGACCAAAAUCCGUCCUCCCUGAAAUCGAAGAAAUCCACCGCCGUCGAGACACCCGCACGCUCCCGCCGUGCUCACUCCGGCAAGGAGAACGACACCCCGCCUGCCAUGUCGACUGGUAGCCGUAGCGCCAAGGCGAAGGCAAGGGACAUUUUGCAAUGUAUUGCGCCUGAUAUUGCCUUGUACGAGAAAGAAAAGAAGAGACACAGCAAAGCCGGGGCACCGUGGGGUGGCAAACGAGCCGCAAACUUGGCUGAGAAAGAAAAAGACAGCAAGACUGCCACCAGCCCCAAACAUAAGCAAGAAGACGAGGAUGAGGAUACGAAGCGACCAUCGAAGAAGCAACGGCCGUCAUUACCGGAUGUGCAUAUGAGACUGGUGGUUACUGGCUACACUGGAUGGGUUGGAGACAGCAAAAAGGAGGAUCACGACCGUAGAAAGAUGCGGGCUCUUGGAAUUCUGAUUGUACAGGAAGGCCAAGCCUGCGACUACCUCGUCGCACCUCAAGUGGUGCGUACCGUCAAGUUCCUCUAUGCGCUAGCUCGCGGAGCGGUUGUCCUUUCGUCCGACUUCAUCGACAAGGUCCUCGAAACUGGAGACGUGCCCGAUGUGGAUGACUUCAUUCUGCAAGACCAGGAGGCAGAGCGCAAAUACAAGUUCAAGAUCGAACGGUCGAUGGCUCGAGCCAAGGCCAACCGAGGCAGGCUGCUCCAAGGAAUCCCCAUUUACUGCACUGAAGGGGUUCGAAAGGGGCCGGAGAGCUACAGGUCCAUAGCGGAAGCCAACGGAGCCAUAUUCAAGCUCUAUCGCGCGCGGAGCGGCACGACCAUCAAGCCGACAACGGCAGAAGAGGACGGAUUCGCUAAGCCAGAGCCAGUGUACUUGCUGUCGGGCAAUAGCCCUGAUGAGAAGCAAAUGUGGGUGCGAUUCAGAACCAUGGCUGAGAAGGGUAACAUGGAGUCCCGAAUUGUUGACCCGGAUUGGUUACUGGAUGUGGCCAUGGCACAGGAAGUGCGUUUCGAUGAGAAUUUCUUGAUUGAGAAGCGCAACCAAGACAAGAGUAGCUAA